CUGGCUGCGUCGUUACAUUCGUUCGAGAAGGAGGAAAAAAAGGGAGCAGCAUAAACACCGUGUCUAAUGCUGGCUCUGCUCAUUAGGGGUUCAUCAUGGCCUGGACGAAGUACCAACUCUUUCUAGCUGGUUUGAUGCUCACUACAGGCUCCAUCAACACACUAUCCGCAAAAUGGGCUGACAUGUUUUCCGCUCCUGGCUGCUCUGGUGCUCCUGUUCACGGUUUCUCCCAUCCCUUCCUACAGGCCGUGUGCAUGUUUUUGGGUGAGCUGAGCUGCCUCGCUGUUUUCUACAUCCUCAUCUGCCACGACCGGCGCAGACCGGUGCCUACAGUAGAACCAGGUCAGAGCUUCAACCCCCUGCUCUUCCUCCCACCCGCCAUAUGUGAUAUGGCAGGAACCUCCAUCAUGUAUGUCGCACUAAACAUGACCAGUGCCUCCAGUUUCCAGAUGUUACGAGGAGCGGUGAUCAUCUUUACCGGCUUGCUGUCAGUGGCGUUUCUGGGUCGCCGUCUGGCAGCCAGUCAGUGGAUCGGGAUUGUGAUCACCAUCCUGGGCCUAGUGGUGGUCGGACUCGCCGAUUUCGUAAAUGGCAACAGAGACGACGGACACAAGCUUAGUGACAUCAUCACAGGUGACCUUUUGAUCAUCAUGGCUCAGAUCAUCGUGUCGGUACAGAUGGUCCUGGAAGAGAAGUUUAUUUACAAGCAUAACGUUCAUCCUCUGAAGGCGGUUGGGACUGAAGGCUUUUUUGGUUUCUUCAUCUUGACUAUCCUCCUCAUCCCCAUGUUCUACAUCCCGGCUGGGGGCUUCGGGAACAACCCGCGACAGGUUCUGGAGGACGCGCUUGACGCUUUCUGCCAGAUCGGCCACAAGCCUCUCAUCAUCCUGGCACUACUGGGUAACACUGUGAGCAUUGCUUUCUUCAACUUCGCUGGCAUCAGCGUGACCAAGGAGAUCAGCGCCACCACACGCAUGGUGCUGGACAGCCUGCGCACGUUGGUUAUCUGGGUGGUGAGUCUGGCGCUAGGCUGGGAGUCGUUCCACGGCCUGCAGAUCCUCGGCUUCCUCAUCCUGCUACUGGGCACAGCGCUCUACAACGGACUCCACAAACCACUGAUGACCAGGCUGCCCUGCUGGUCCGCAGAGCGGGAGACAGUUACGGGAGAAGCAGGUGAGACAGAGAGACUGCUCGGUGAGAGCUAACGAUGAACGGACAACAAAAGGAACUCCACUUCAGCUCAGUCUUUUCUUUUUUUGGUCGAGCAUUGAACUGACUCAAUGUCUGUGGACUUCCAGGGAACAUUUUCGACAUCUCUGGGUUUUGUGAUUUUAAAAUUGUACUUUUUUUGUGAUUAUCACUGACAAAGGGCACCAAGAUGUCACUUUAGUGAUUUUUUUUUUUUAUUAUUUUAUUUUUAAUGUUUCUUAUCAUGCCAUAUCAACGGUUUAAAAAGGGAUGGUGAAAAUAUUGGGUUAUUUUAAAAUAAUAAUUUAAAAAAAUGUUGUAUUCUUUAAGGAUUAAUUGCUUAUUUUUAGACAAUGAUGUGCCACCUUUUUGAAAAUAUGGGCAUAUUUUUCUCUGUACUUAUGUAACUUUAACAGGUUACAUGUAAUUUUAUUACACAUUGAAUGGAUUAUAUAUCAAACUGAGAUAAAACAGUGAUAUUCGCUCAUUAUCAACAUGAAUAAGAAUAAGAAAGACACUCCAUGUCUUUGUUCAGUCACUUGAAUAUUGAUGGCUUUAACAUGUUUGGUGUGAAUCUCUGUUUUAAUUAAAUCAUCUCUUCAGUUUU